ACCACGUGUGAAGGCCGUGGUCUUACAUAGUAUGCAACAUUACAUCAUCAGAUUACUUUAGUGUUGGGUUUGAAGAGCAAGGACGAACAUCUGUUCUUUCAUCACUUUGUUUCUUGGAUAUAUAUCUUAUAAACACAGACAAAAUGUGCGGCAUUUGGGCGCUAUUCGGUUCGGACGGUGACAUAUCGUACCAAUGCAACUCCGUCCACAAAAUCACACACCGCGGGCCCGACGCUUUCCGAAUAGAAAACAUCCACUACUUCUCUAGCUGUUGUCUGGCGUUCCAUCGUCUAGCUAUCGUCGACGAUCUGUGUGGAAUGCAGCCAAUGAGAACCUUUCAGCAUCCAUACAUUUACCUUAUCUACAAUGGAGAGAUCUACAACUUUAAAGAGCUACAAAAGGAGUUUGGCUUCAAGCAGGAUACGGCCUGUGAUGGCGAAGUGAUUAUCCAUCUGUACGCCAAGUUUGGCAUAGAGCGCGCCGCCCGCCACCUUGACGGGGUCUUCUUUUUCUGUCUGAUGGACACCGCCAACCGGAAGGUGUACAUUGGAAGAGACACUUUUGGCGUCCGGCCCGGCUUCCGGGUCAAGACGGAAAGCGGGUUUCUGGCAGUCUGCUCGGAGGCCAAAGGUUUGGUAGGACUGGACAUUGGAAAUGGGGCCAGUGGGACCUUAGGUAGUGGUGAGAUCGAGGCAUUUCCUCCUGGGCACGUGGAAACUUAUUCUUUAGACACGGAGGGAAAAGCUGUCCUCACAGAGACUGCUCGCUUCCACAAGAUAGGGGAGCCGCCGGCAUAUAACACCUUCCCCGUAGAAAUCGGCACGGACAUCAAGAAAAACGUGCGUGAACUGUUGACCACGGCAAUUCGGAAGCGCCUAAUGGCGGACGUUCGGGUCGGCUGCCUGCUGUCGGGCGGCCUGGACUCCUCGCUCGUGACGGCCCUCGUCGUCCAGGAGGCCCGGAAAAUGGGCAUUGAGUACAAGAUACAAACCUUCUCCGUUGGCAUGGAGGGGAGUCCCGAUUUGGAGGCGGCGAAAAAGGUAUCCGACUUUCUCGUAACGGAGCACCACCCGCUCGUGUUCACACCCGAACAGGGUAUUAACGCAGUCGAUGACGUCAUCUAUCACCUGGAAAGUUAUGACAUCACAACCGUCAGAGCGUCAGUGGGCAUGUACCUUAUGGCGCAGUACAUCAAAGAGAAAACCAACUCGACGGUUAUCCUGUCGGGAGAGGGUUCCGACGAGAUCGCGAUGGGGUACAUCUACUUCCACAAGGCGCCGUCGGGAGAGGCGGCGUCGGAGGAUAGUCUUCGGCUGUGUAACGACCUCUACAUGUUUGACGUCUUGAGGGCGGAUCGGUCCACGGCUGCAUGUGGCCUAGAAGUUCGUGUACCGUUCCUUGACCAUCGGUUUACAAAUUACUACAUGAAACUGCCGGAUAGCGAAAAGUUGCCAAAAGACGGCAUUGAGAAACAUUUGCUCCGUUCCGCAUUUUCGGAUCAAGAUUUACUUCCAGACGGGAUUUUGUGGCGCCCGAAAGAAGCGUUUAGUGACGGUAUAUCGUCUGUUACUAAAUCGUGGUUUGAGGUUCUGCAGUCGCACAUCGAUGUACAGAUCAACGAUGAGGACCUUGCUAACGCCGCAGCCACAUUCCCCCACAAUCCCCCACAGACCAAGGAAGCUCUCUACUACCGGCGAAUAUUCGAGAAAAACUAUCCGGGAUGCGCCGGAUGGAUCCCCUAUUACUGGAUGCCCCGCUGGACCCAGACUACCGACCCCAGCGCUCGCACCCUUAAACAUUAUAAAUAGUUUCUCCCUCCGGUUUAUAGAAAGGGUGGAAGUAAAGUAUUGUCUGCUUUGGCUUUUUCUUAAAGCUGCACUCUCACAGAUUGAACGUUUCGACAACUUUUUAAUUUUUUUGUCUUGGAACGAGCCAAUAUUUACGAAAAUGUAUGGCAACAAGUUAUAUAAGACUGCUGACUAAAAAUUAAAUCGCAGAUUUUUAUUUUUAAGUUAAAAGGUGAUUUUUUAUGCAUUUUUCUUAAACCAUAAGUAACGGUUUCAGCCUUAAAACAUUAAUUUUCGAACGGGAAUAUGACAAUCUUCGCUCUGAUAUUUUGUCAGCAAUCUUUUAUCGUUGGUUUACAGAUAUUUACGCAAAAGUUUGCUUUUUCCAAGACAAAAAAUAAAAAAAAAGUUGUUUAAAAGGUAUAUCUGUGAGAGUGCAGCUUCAAAGCCAAGCUUAAACAUGUACAUGAGGCCACCAUUAAAAUUAAAACAUUUGUUUGGCGUAACUCGACCGACUCACUAAAAAUGACCGCGACCCGAUGCGGUGGUUUUGGGUUUUUUUCAAAAAAAUAAAAUACUUCGUAUUAACUGUAGACAUGCAGGAGCUUUAUAAAAUCAAAUCACAAUAGCCUUAUGCUUACUGUAGUUUACCCCAUCAUACAUAGUUUAUGUAACAGUAACUCGUUUAUUCUUCAAAGGUGUUCUCUUACAAACGUAAGAAACCGUUUCGCUAGGACGAACAUCAAUUGUAUCCUCGGCUUCGCCUCGGACGAAAUUUGAUGUUAGCCUUAGCGAAACGGCGUCUUAGUCUGUAAGAGGGCACUUUUCAGGAAAAAACGAGUAACUGUAACUUACUUAUACGACGAUAAGAUUAUUGCAUAUAUUAGUUAGCAAAUAAAUGCAUUAAUAAAUUUAUUCAGAUUUAUAAAUAGAUAUAUUUUUCAGAAAGAUAAACAUUAGAUUAUCAUUGCCUUUCUAAAUACAAUGUAUCGGCUAGUGGGUUUACUCGAAAUUCUCUUGCAAGGUCCGCUUACAACCGUAAGAAGACGCUUUUUCAAUAUCUCUGCUGGGGGUAUGGUAUUAUAAUUAUAUAUUUAAAUUAAUUGUUUUGCUGUGUAUUCAUUUUUGGUUAAAGAUCUGUUCAAGUGAUGAGGAGGGGGUGGGGCGUUUUUAUGCUUUUAUAUAGAUCAAAUUUGAUAUACUGAAUUUCAUUAAUAUGGGGAUAUUAUUUUUCGAAAUUCAUUUCUUCUUCUGCUCCAAACAAAACGAAGGUAUAGAGGGUAAUGUUUGUUUCAGAGUAAGAUAGUAAUAUAUUUCACCGAGUGAUGAAGAAAAAAUACUUUAUGCUCAAUAAUUUGUCAAAUAGAAUCUCAUUUUUUAUAUAUUUAACUCAACUAUGUUUUGACAAUUUCUGUAUGUGAUAUACAUGUAUGUGAUUAUAAUAGCUCUGUAUCAAACGAUGCGACAUGGUUUAUGCUGGAGAAUUUUGUCUUUAUUAGCUUGUAUGUUGUUGUUGUUUUUUUGUUUUUUUAAAAACAACAGUUGGGCUGUUUUGAAAGCGUUAGUGUCAUCUGCGGUUGCGUCAUUUUGAUUGGCUAAAACUCUUAAACUGUUCUCAAGAUACUCCAAUGAAACUUGGUACACAUGUUGCCAGAGACGAUACGCACAUGCUAAGCAAGGCACACAACUCUGGUUUCAACCUUUUUAUGCCCCCGAAGGUGGGCAUAUUCAAAUCGCACCGUCCGUCCGUCCGUCCGGCUCUGUAACUUUCCCUUGUAUGGACAGAUUUUAAAAUAACUUGCCACAUGUGUUCCACAUACCAAGACGACGUGUCGCGUGCAAGACUCAUGUCCCUACCUCAAAGGUCAAGGUCACACUUAGUGUUUAUUCACAAUGGAGUGCUGCAUAUAAGGACAUAGAGUAUAGGUUGUCGUGUCCGUGCUGUAACUUUCCCUUGUAUGGACAGAUUUUAAAAUAACUUGCCACAUGUGUUCCACAUACCAAGACGACUUGUCGCGUGCAAGACCCGUGUCCCUACCUCAAAGGUCAAGGUCACACUUAGUGUUUAUUCACAAUGGAGUGCUGCAUAUAAGGACAUAGAGUAUAGGUUGUCGUGUCCGUGCUGUAACUUUCUCUUGUAUGGACAGAUUUUAAAAUAACUUGCCACAUGUGUUCCACAUACCAAGACGACGUGUCGCGUGCAAGACCCGUGUCCCUACCUCAAAGGUCAAGGUCACACAUAGUGUUUAUUCACAAUUGAGUGCUGCAUAUAAGGACAUAGAGUAUAGGUUGUCGUGUCCGUGCUGUAACUUUCCCUUGUAUGGACAGAUUUUAAAAUAACUUGCCACAUGUAUUCCACAUACCAAGUUGACGUGUCGCGUGCAAGACCCGUGUCCCUACCUCAAAGGUCAAGGUCACACUUAGUGUUUAUUCACAAUGGAGUGCUGCAUAUAAGGACAUAGAGUAUAGGUUGUCGUGUCCGGGCUGUGACUUUCUCUUGUAUGGACAGAUUUUAAAAUAACUUGCCACAUGUGUUCCACAUACCAAGACGACGUGUCGCGUGCAAGACCCGUGUCCCUACCUCAAAGGUCAAGGUCACAAUUAGUGUUUAUUCACAAUGGAGUGCUGCAUAUAAGGACAUAGAGUAUAGGUUGUCGUGUCCGUGCUGUAACUUUCCCUUGUAUGGACAGAUUUUAAAAUAACUUGCCACAUGUGUUCCACAUACCAAGACGACGUGUCACGUGCAAGACCCGUGUCCCUACCUCAAAGGUCAAGGUCACACUUAGUGUUUAUUCACAAUGGAGUGCUGCAUACAAGGACAUAGGGUAUAGGUUGUCGUGUCCGGACUGUAACUUUCCCUUAUAAGGACAUGUUUAUUCACAAUGGAGUGCUGCAUACAAGGACAUAGGGUAUAGGUUGUCGUGUCGGGGCUGUAACUUUCCCUUGUAAGGACAGAUUUUAAAAUAACUUGCUACAUGUGUUCCACAUACGAAGACGACGUGUUCUGUGCAAGACCCAUGUCCCUACCUCUAAGGUGAAAGAUACACUAAGUGUUUAUUCACAAGGGAAUUCUGAAUAUAAGGACAUAACAGUGUAGGUUUUCAAGUAUGGGUGGUAUUUUUUUAUGUUCAGAGGAAAUUUAAAAUAACUUGCCAUAUGUAUUUGACACAUAAAGGCAAGAUCAACUUUAUAUGUACUGACCUUGUUCGUAGGUCAAUGUCACAUUCGGGGGCAUUCGUCACAUACUGUGACAGCUCUUGUUUGAGUUAUGGCCUAGGUGGCAAUUUUGUUUGUGUUAAUGAUUGUCACCCCAAAUAUAUGAUUUGUUUGUGUUAAUGAUUGUCACCCCAAAUAUAUGAUUUGUUUGUGUUAAUGAUUGUCACCCCAAAUAUAUGAUUUGUUUGUGUUAAUGAUUGUCACCCCAAAUAUAUGAUUUUUUUUAUUGACUUCCUUAGUGUUCAGAGUUUGAGUAAAUAAUAUUUAUAUUAUUGGCUGAUCUUUUUAUGCCCCCUUUUGAAAAAAGUGGGGUAUAUUGUUUUGCACAUGUCGGUCGGUCGGUCGGUCGGUCUGUCUGUCUGUCGGUCGGUCGGUCGGUCGGUCGGUCGGUCGGAAUACCAAAUGGUUUCCGAUCAAUAACUUGAGAACGCUUUGACCGAGGGACCUCAUACUUGGUAUGUGUAUUGGUCAUCACCAGCAGAUGAACCCUAUUGAUUUUGAGGUCAGUGGGUCAAAGGUCAAGGUCAGUGUGACCUUUACAUGAAAAACGGUUUCCGAUCAAUAACUUGAGAACGCUUUGACCCAGGAACCUCAUACUUGGUAGGUGUAUUGGUCAUGACCAGCAGAUGAACCCUAUUGAUUUUGAGGUCAGUGGGUCAAAGGUCAAGGUCAGUGUGACCUUAACAUGAAAAACGGUUUCCGAUCAAUAACUUGAGAACGCUUUGACCCAGGGACCUCAUACUAGGUAGGCUUAUUGGUCAUGACCAGCAGAUGAACCCUAUUGAUUUUGAGGUCAGUGGGUCAAAGGUCAAGGUCAGUGUGACCUUUACAUGAAAAACGGUUUCCGAUCAAUAACUUGAGAACGCUUUGACCCAGGAACCUCAUACUUGGUAGGUGUAUUGGUCAUGACCAGCAGAUGAACCCUAUUGAUUUUGAGGUCAAAGGUCAAGGUCAGUGUGACCUUAACAUGAAAAACGGUUUCCGAUCAAUAACUUGAGAACGCUUUGACCCAGGGACCUCAUACUAGGUAGGCUUAUUGGUCAUGACCAGCAGAUGAACCCUAUUGAUUUUGAGGUCAGUGGGUCAAAGGUCAAGGUCAGUGUGACUGUAAGCUGAAAAAAGGUUUUCUGAUUGUCCAUAUUUUAUUUUCUUAUAUAGUAGACAGUAGAAAUUUAUAUGUCACUAAAUGCAUGAGUUGAAGUAUCAGUUUUCAGUGAACAUCUAGUUUAAUUAUGCCCCCCUUCGAAGCAGAGGGGUUAUAUAAUUGCUUUGCACAUGUCGGUCGGUCUGUUGGAAGACCAAAGCUUGUCCGAGUGAUAACUCAACAAUUCCCGGACCUAUGGUCAUCAAACUUGACAUGAAGAUUAGGUAUGACCAGUAGAUGACCUGCCUCAUAUGCAUCCAAUGACAAAUCAGCUGUCAUUUCAGUCCAUGCAUAUUUCAUUCAAUUGUCCAAAUAUUUCUGGUUCAUUUUAUUUUAUGAAUUUUUGUUUAAGAUUUGUUCAUACUUUAUCAAUGGUAUAUUUACAGUGUUCUCAUUUAUUUAAAAACCGCUAUUUUUAAUACCUCUUCCAAAAUUGUUUUUGGUGUUCAAUUUUAAUAAACUUUUUAAGAAUUACGUAUUAUUUGAAAUGCAAUGAAUAAAUUUGGCAUUAAAAUAAACAAUAGUA